AUGAAGAACUAUAUGAUGAUGGCGCAGCCUAUUUUGGCGCUCCUCCCCGAAGUUUCUCGUCCGCAACGUAUCCCGCCAAUUAAGGAACGGAUUAUGUGGACAGCUGCUGCACUUUUUAUCUUUUUAAUUUGCUGCCAAGUGCCCGUAUUUGGUGCCCGGCCCGGCCAAACGAGUGACCCUUUUUACUGGAUGCGUGUGGUGCUGGCUAGCAACAAGGGGACGCUUAUGGAGCUUGGCAUUUCGCCAAUUGUCACGGCCUCACUUAUCAUGGAGUUGCUUUCUGGGGUCAAGAUAAUCAGCUAUGAUGUCAACGAUAAGAAGGAACGUGCCGUUUUUGAAGGGAUUCAAAAAAUUGCGGCUCUCUUUAUUACUGCUGUGGAGGCCAUGGCGUAUGUGAGUUCCGGCAUGUACGGCGAUGUGCGAGAGAUUGGCACAAUCAUGUCAGGCUUCAUUGUUCUGCAACUCAUGCUGGCCACACUCAUUUGUAUUCUUUUGGAUGAACUGCUGCAGAAGGGGUGGGGUCUUGGCGCUGGCACGUCGCUUUUCAUAGCAACGAACAUCUGUGACACCAUUAUCUGGAAGAGCUUUUCCCCUUCAACCAUCAACACGGGCCGCGGGGCGGAGUUUGAGGGUGCCAUCAUUGCCUUUUUUCACCUGUUGGUUUCACGGAGCGACAAGAUGCGGGCACUGAAGGAGGCCUUUUACCGUCCACAGUUGCCAAAUCUUACGAACAUUUUUGCCACACUUGUGGUUUUCGCGGUGGUUGUUUUCUUCCAGGGAUUUCGUGUGCCGCUCAUGACAAAAUCACGUCAUGCUGCUGCCGAUCGUCAGCCGUAUAUGAUCAAGCUCUUUUACACCAGCAAUAUGCCAAUUAUUCUGCAAGCCAGUGUUGUAUCAAACAUCAACUUCUUCUCACAAAUUCUUUCGCGUCGCUUUGGACAACACAACUUUCUGAUCAACCUUCUUGGUCGUUGGGAAGAGCGUGCGUACAGUCAGAGCGGACAGAUGUUUCCUGUCGGUGGUCUCUCCUACUACCUCACGCCUCCUGCCACUCUAUAUGAGUUGUUGAAUGACCCCAUCCACGGCAUAUUUUAUGUCGUCUUCAUUCUCUUCUCAUGCGCUAUCUUCUCGAAGCUUUGGGUGACGAUCAGCCACACUGGUCCGCGUGACGUGGCAAAAAGACUCGUGGCAGAGGGCCGCUGGCUUGCGCAGGCUCGUGAGAGCGAGGAGGACAUGGCACGUUUGCUGGAGAAGUACAUCCCUGUUGCGGCAAGCUUCGGCGGACUCUGCGUUGGGGCGCUCACUAUCUUUGCGGACUUUCUUGGUGCCAUUGGUAGCGGCACGGGUAUUCUGUUGGCUGUGACCAUGAUCAACCAGUACUUUGAGAUUCUCCAACAGGAGGGCAAGGACCUGGGCUACGGAUUCCUCAAGCAGAAGUUGGCAUAA